CAACUGAAUCAGUUAACAGCUUACAUCGAUGGGUCAAAUAUAUACGGUUCGACUAAAGAAGUGGCGGACGAAUUACGAAGUUUCAGCGGUGGUAAAUUGAAAAUCAAUUAUCAAAAUGGAGCGGUGAUGUUACCGAGAGUGAAUAAAAGAAACGAACAAUGCGAAAGAAAACAAACAGAACGCUUUUGUUUCAUGUCUGGUGAUAUAAGAGUAAAUGAAAACAUCAAUUUGGCCAUUAUGCACACCAUCUGGUUAAGAGAACACAACAGAAUCGCAGGAAAACUCCAGGAGAUUAAUCCUUCGUGGGACGACGAGAAAUUGUAUCAGGAAUCGCGUCGAGUAGUUGCUGCUCAAAUCCAGCACAUCACUUACAAAGAAUUCCUUCCGUUGUUACUAGGACAUACGGUGUUUAAUAUUUUCAAACUGAAUUUAAAAUCGAGGGGAUAUAGUUACGAAUACAAUCCAUCAAUUAAACCGUCGAUAUUGAAUAGUUUCGCUACGGCAGCUUAUAGAUUUGGACACACUUUAGUACAAGGCCUAGUCGAUUUGAAGAACGAAAAAGUCGUCACUCGUCAGUUCUCUCUUUCCGAUAACUUAUUUAAUCCGGCAUUGUUAUACAGAAAGAAUCACAUAGAAAUGUUACUGAGAGGAAUGAUCGAUCAGCCGUCUCAAACGUUCGAUAGAUUUAUUACUUCACAGUUGACCAACCAUCUUUUCGAGAGACCGGGAGAAAAAUUUGGACUAGAUUUGAUAUCGAUGAACAUCCAACGAGGAAGGGAUCACGGUCUUCCCGGCUACAAUCAAUGGAGGAAAAUCUGCAAACUAACUCCCAUUACAACUUUUUCGAAGUUGGAAGAAGUCACUGGAAAACAAACGGCUGAUAUAUUCCGUCGGUUGUACAAAUCGGUCGAUGAUAUAGAUUUAUUUGCGGCAGGAAUUGCGGAAUAUCCUAUGUCGGACGGCAUCGUGGGGCCGACGUUUGCUUGUAUAAUUGCCGAACAGUUUCGGAGACUUAAAUACGGAGACAGAUUUUGGUACGAGAAUGGCAAACAAGAAACGUCUUUUACUCCGGAGCAACUAAAACAGAUAAGAAAAGCCAGUUUAGCUAGAAUCCUCUGCGACAACUUUGAUAACUUACAUCAAGUUCAGAAAGACGUGUUGAUUAGGCACGCCGAUUGUUGAUUAAACUUAAUUCUAAUAGGAAUCCCAAG